AUGAUGCUGAAAGCAAGGACGCGAUCAGUCGGCAACAGGAUUUGGAAGGAGUUAAAUAGAGCACAAGGAAAGCCUGCUGCUGGGAGUGAAAGUCACAGAGGGAGAGGGAAGGAAGCGGCAGCAUCCGUGCGGUGCCCAGGGAGCCAGGUGGAAGUGACUGUGGGCAGAGCCCCUCCAGGAGCGGGUGGGCAGGCUUGGAGGUCACUCUGCACCCCGGGGCCGAGCGCCAGGCUGGCUGGUGGAUGUGAAGGCACACUGGAGUGGACAAAGAUGCUGCCUAUGAGUGCCGGCCACCGGUGGAGGAGCAGGUCCCUCAUGAGGUGGCAGGAAGCUUGCCUGCUCGGCUGCUGGCUGUCACUGUGUGCUGCAGAGUCCUUCUUUGCCUGCCCUUCCUCCUGCAAGUGUAACAGUGGUAUCCUGGAAGUGGAUUGUAGUGGCUUGGGCCUCUCUUCCAUCCCCUCAGACAUCCCCACAAACACCAGGACCUUCCUCUUUCUCAACAACAAACUCAGCAUUCUGCCGGGACCAGUGUUUUCCAAUCUCUCUGCCCUGCAGAGGCUGGAUCUAUCCAACAACUUCUUGGAUCAGCUCCCACAGAACAUCUUCAGCGACCUGGGGAACCUCACAGAGCUCCAGCUGAGGAACAACAGCAUCCGGGCCUUGGACAAGGACCUUCUCCAGCACACGGCCCUGCUGCGCCAGCUGGAUCUCUCCAUUAACGGCCUGGCCCAAAUACCCUCGGGCAUCUUUGAUGACCUGCCUGCUCUCCGCUCCCUCUCGCUCAGGUCGAACCGCUUGCAGAGCCUGGACAGGGUGACCUUUGAGCCGCUAACCAGCCUGCAGCAGCUCCAGGUUGGGGACAACCCCUGGGAAUGCGACUGCAACCUGCGGGAUUUCAAGCACUGGAUGGAGUGGUUCUCCUAUCGAGGUGGGAAAAUCGACCAGCUGGCAUGCACCCUGCCCAAGGAGCUGAAAGGGAAGGAUAUGCGAAUGGUGCCCAUGGAGAUGUUUAACUACUGCUCACAGCUGGAUGAUGAAAACAGCUCCACUGUGCUGGACAAUACUGGCCCACCCUGCACAAAAGGAAGCCCGACUCCCUCCAAAACUAAAUCGGGCCCAGAACCAGAAGUGGAGCCCAGCGUGGGAUGCCCUCAGAAACAGCGAUACCGGCCUGUGAGCGUACGCCGGGCUAUUGGCACUGUGAUCAUUGCAGGGGUGGUUUGUGGCAUUGUUUGCAUCAUGAUGGUGGUGGCGGCCGCUUAUGGCUGCAUCUACGCCUCCCUCAUGGCCAAGUAUCACCGGGAGCUGAAGAAGAGGCAACCGCUCAUGGGUGACACAGAGGGUGAACAUGAAGAGCAAAAACAAAUCUCUUCUGUGGCGUGAGACUCUUCUAGGAAGGAAGGGACAGCAAUGAACAAAGGUACCUGAGAGCAGUCAAGCAAGCAUGGGGUCCUCCCAAAAUACAUCUUCCCAGACAGAAAGACAGACUGUGCUAUUGUUCCACUCACCCAAGCAGUGCAACAUGCUUCUGGGGAGUCAGGGCAUCUGACUAUAAUUUCUGUUCUUCUGCCCCGGGCCCAUUUGUGCCCUUUCACCCUUGGGCCCAGACAAAUAAAGUAGAGUCAGACCUCGA